AUGCGUUUUCGAAAUUCACAUCCGCGAAGUCGAUUUCGAGAAUUUUCAAUUCUGAUUCUGCUAGUAGUGUUGUUGUUUGCACCAAAAUCGGAGGCUCGAAGUUUAUCGUCGCGAGGAAACUCGAAUGUGGUUCGAACAUCGUUGGGAGCGAUUCGAGGAGUUGGUGAGGUGAGUAGGGGGGACUAGAAAAUUUUCUAGGCCACGAGCUAUUCAGAAAUGACCAAAGAUUUUCAAAAAUUUGGAUUUCUAGGCUUCUGUGACCGAGAGAGUUGGUUUUCUAGGCCAUCAGACCGAGAGAGUUGAUUUUCUGUGACUGAGAGAGUUGGUUUUCUAGGCCAUCAAAAGUUUCUGUGACCGAGAGAGUUGGUUUUCUAGGCCAUCAGAAGUUUCUGUGACUGAGAGAGUUGGUUUUCUAGGCCAUCAAAAGUUUCUGUGAUUCAUAAGAGUAUGUUGAAAUUCUUGGUCACAAACUUGAUAUUUGGUUUUCUAGGCCAUCAGAAGUUUCUGUGACCGAAGAAGUUGGUUUUCUAGGCCAUCAGAAGUUUGUGUGACCGAGGAAGUUGGUUUUCUAGGCCAUCAGAAGUUUCUGUGACCGAGCAAGUUGGUUUUCUAGGCCAUCAGAAGUUUCUGUGACGGAGCAAGUUGGUUUUCUAGGCCAUCAGAAAUUUCUGUGACCGAGCAAGUUAGUUUUCUAGGCCAUCAGAAGUUUCUGUGACCUGAAAAAAUCUUGAGAACCUAAGAAAUGUUGUCCGAAAAAUCUAGAACAUAUUUUGAACUUGUCAGAAAGAUUUCAGACUUUAAAAAAAACACCAGACUUCUCGGAAGUUCCGAAAACCCAGUUUGCCACGUCAUAACUCAUUUUGCAGGAAUUCCAAAAAACCAAAGUGACAGCCUAUUUGGGUGUACCAUUCGCCAAACCGCCCGUCGGCGAGCGCCGUUUCAAAGUCGCCGAAAUGAUCGAAAAAUGGUCGGGUGAACUCGAGGCGAAUAAAAUGGCACCCACGUGUUUUCUGACACGCGACACCGCGUUUCCCCAGUUUCCCGGUGCUGAAAUGUGGAAUCCGCCGGCGAACAUCACCGAAGACUGUCUUCAUCUCAAUAUUUGGGUGCCCGAACAUCACGAUGGUACGGUUAUGGUGUGGAUUUAUGGCGGAGGGUUUUUCAGUGGAACACCAUCGCUGGAUUUGUAUAAUGGCAAAGUUUUGGCGGCUAAGGAGAAUACGAUUGUUGUUAAUAUUAAUUAUAGGUCAGUGAUUUAGGGGGAAGGGCUUUUAGGCUUAGGCUAAAGCUUAGGCUUAGGCAAGGGCUUAGGCUUAGGCAAGGGCUUAGGCUUAGGCAAGGGCUUAGGCUUAGGCAACGGCCAAGGCUUAGGCUAAAGAUUAGGAUAAAUUCUUAGGCUUAGGCUUCUUGAGCUCAGGCUUCUUUGGCUUAGGCUUCACACUACUCUUAACGACACUCCGCAAUAACAGCUACAGUUCCCUUUGAAACGAAAAUCCACGUGGAAUCGUAAGAGCGGAGUGUUGUUGUUUUUCUUGAAAUCAUACUACGACACUCCGCAGUUACACAUUCCAAAAUUUCCAAAGUAUAAAUGUCCAAGAAUGAAUGGAAAAAUGUGCAUACAAACCCUACGCGCAAAAACCUACCGUAUUCCAGACUCGGCGCCUUCGGUUUUCUCUACUUUGGCGAUGAUUCGCCAAUCGCGGGUAACAUGGGUUUGAUGGAUCAACAGUUGGCUAUGCGAUGGGUCUACGAACAUAUUGGUGCGUUUGGCGGUGAUCGAGAUCGCAUCACAUUGUUUGGCGAAUCUGCUGGAUCCGCUUCGGCUACCGCGCAUCUUUUUGCGCCUGGUUCGCAUAAGUAUUUUAGGUGAGUUUGAGAGAAGUUGCUGGAAGGAUGGAGAGAACCAACUUCCUCGGUCACAGAAAUUUCUGAUGGCCUAGAAAACCAAGUUCUUCUAGACCUCAAAAUCAAUUUUCCAGAUACAUAAUCGCAAAAAGUGGUUCAAUAAUCAACUCGUGGGCAUCAGCCAAACCAUCAACAAUGUUAGAUUUAUCAAUGAAUCUCGCGAAACGGGUCAAUUGUAGUUCGUCUAGUAUGGAAAAAAUGAUGAAAUGUCUCAGGAAUGUCGAUGCACAUAUUAUACAAGAAGUUGGCGAUAAUUUGACAAAUGGUCCCCCAAUGACAUUUGCUUUUGUGCCCGUUUCAUCGGAUGUCAACUUUUUUCAGGUUAGCGGAAAAAAUUUUUUUUUUGGGUCCUGCAGCGAUGUCCCUUUAAAACCUCGAAAAAUUGCAGGGAGACCUAUUCCAAAAAAUCGCCGAGCGUGAUUUCAAAAAAGACGUGGACAUAAUCUUCGGAAGUGUCAAAGACGAAGGAACCUAUUGGCUACCCUACUACAUGGCUGAUCGUGGAUUCGCCUUCAAUCACACGAUCACAGCUGAAGAUCCACACAAUCGUGCAUUGAUCACAAGAAAUCAUUAUCGUGAAUCAAUGCGAGCAUUUUCACCGUAUUUCGCGAAUUCCGAACUGGUUUACAACGCUUUUAUGAACACUUAUGAGCAUGUUUCGAAGAGUAUUCAUGAGAAAGAAAGGCUUCGCGAUGGAGUGGCGAGGUUUUUAGGCGAUUUGUUUUUCACGUGUUCACUUAUUGAUUUUGCCGAUUUGAUGGCCGAUAAUGUUAAUGGACAAGUUUAUAUGUAUUAUUUUACCUAUCGGUGAGUGAUACGGUAGAAAUUGGCGCGAAAACACGACCAUAUUAUCGAAAAUCUCAUCGGUACCACGCGCUCCACCGAAAUAAACACGCAACGCAGACCGCGUCGCGCCACAACACACACAAAAAAGGGGACGAUUCAAAUUCCCAUCCUUUUUUGUGUGUGUUGUGGCGCGGCGCGGUCUGCGUUGCGUGUUUAUUUCGGUGGAGCGCGUGGUACCGAUGAGAAUUUCGAUAAUACAAGGCGCCCGUUGAGUCAGACGCGAGACGACGAGAGUAUUUUGCAAAAAUAUCCCGAAAAUGAAUUUCGCUUCGAGAUAUUUUCAAUAAAACAUGUGUUCCUUGAAACAAAAUACGGUCUUUUCUCAAAAAUAUCAUGAAAGGAUGUCUUUCUCUGUCUUAGAUGACGUCAUCAGACUCUCGUCGUCUCUCGUCUGACCCGAGGGGGGCAAUUGGAGUAAACGGUCGUGAAAAUUUGAAGAAUUUUGAGUUCUGUUCAAAAAUUGACUCAAAAUCAUCGAUUCUCAAUGGAGCACAUUUGCUUUUUGUUUCAAAAUUCAAUUCAAAUUUCUUUUCUCACAGAUCAAGCGCAAAUCCAUGGCCAAAAUGGAUGGGUGUAAUGCAUGGCUACGAAAUCGAAUACGCAUUCGGUCAACCGUUUCAUCGACCCGCUUUAUAUCAACAAGAAUAUUUGAGAGAAGAAGAACAACUAUCGACAAUUGUUAUGGAUUUGUGGGGACAAUUUGCGGAAGGAGGGUAAGCUUUCGAUAUUUUUCCAAAAGGGCUGAUUCACGAACAAAAAAAUGUUUUUUAAUUCACGAAAAGUCAAAAAAUGUCGAAAAAACAUUAGUUUUUCGAGUUUUUCAGCCAAAAAUGAUGAAAAAUCAAUAUUUUUUAAGCUUCUGGAGUAAUUUCUGAUUAAAAUAAGCUUCGAGAAGCCUAUUUUGCUUUAUUUUAUGAAUUUUUUCGAAAUUCAUCACGAACAAUCAGCAAAACCUUCUGGAAAGUGAAUUCCACGGUCAAUUUUCAUCAGAAAUUACUCCAGAAGCUUAAAAAUAUUGAUUUGUCAUCAUUUUUGGCUGAAAAACUAAUUUUGACCUACAAUGUUUUUUCGACAUUUUUUGACUUUUCGUGAAUCAGCCCUAAGAAAAGCGGAGUGGUUGCCUAGUUUUUGCAAGACCAGGGUUCGACUCCACCCGCGGAUAAUAUUUUUUUUAUUUAUCAAAAAAAAUCGAUUUUUCGCUCAUUUCAGAAAAAUGGAUUCGCAUUGGCCAUUAUAUAAUCGAGUUGAGCGAAAGGCGCUGGAAAUCGGAAGAUCGACAAUCGAAGGAGAACAUCGGAUUGUUAGCGAUGUGCAUGGAUCGUAUUGUCGAAUGAUUGAGGAGGCAAAAGCUUUUGUGCAUCAGAAACAGGAUUGGGAGAAAGGUUGGCUAUUUUUUUGACACCCAAGCGCAAAAUUGUUCUUUUUUAGCCCCCGAUUGUCGAACUCGUCGACUUGAUGCAUCAGCAAUUCAAGUAGCCUCCUCCUCUUCUUCCUCCACAAAAAACCUCAACAGCAUUGUGUUGUUUCUAGUCUCAAUUUUCUAUUAUUUUCUAUCUAAAAAUCUGUGA